AUGACAUGCCCAGACCCUGGGCCGGACGAUCUUGCUUAUCCAGUCUGUGAGCAAGUUCGUGAUCUCCUCAUCACACAGCAGAAGUUACCACGGUCGCACCAUUUUCCUCGAGGGCCAAUCCCAUAUUACCCAUACAAUGAUAUAAUUCGUGCACUCAGUGAGAAGUCACAUGUGGAUAUGAAAGGAAGAGAGAUAUCCCGAGGAGAGAGUGUCUUUAUCUGUAAAUGUUUAAGGUGUCAGAAACAGGGGGGACGUCAAGGCGGCAUAGACAAUCGCUCGAGUCGCUGGGACGAUAACGACCUUCUGGGAAACCUUGCGACCACUUAUGCACUGCUUAUAGUUCUUCGAUGUCCUGGUCUAAUAUCCGCUUUCCGUCGACGUGGCUAUUCUCUCGAGGGGGGCUAUUUGUCAAAAGAGCAGCUACUCUUUCUGAAUGAAUCUGAUGUAUUAACUGCAAUCCAAGCAAGCAACAUCCGAAAUGAGAUCUUGAGCAUUCAAUACCAGUUCCGAGUGUCAAAGUUCGCCAAAAUAAACGAAGUUUUUGAUCUCGAUGAAAAAGAAACUCUUCCAAUCUAUGAGGACCAGGAUGCGGCCGGUGAGGGCAACUUUGGCGAAGUCUACCCCUUCUACAUCCCUACAGAGUACAUUGGCGAGAAUCCGAGAAAACUAGAGGUCAGCUCUUAUGCAAUAAUAUUUGACAUCCGUUAAGCUGACUACUUGUUUCAAAUAGACGAACAAAUUUGCUAGAAAAAUAUAUAAACGGCUUCCGACCGAAAGCAAGAAAGAUGCCAAAGAGUUUGUCAUUCAACAAUUGGAAUCAAACACUUACCAACAUCCCAAUUUAAUGGAAGCUCUAGCAGCUUUCGAGCAUGGCAGGGAUUUUUUUUUUAUCCUCUUUGAGUUUGCCCCGAGCACACUCUACAAGUUUUUGAUCGGUGACGGACCAGUUUUCAGACCACAAGAACUGUGGAAACAAGUUGCGGGCCUAUCAAGUGGCCUCGCUCAUCUGCAUUCCAAGGGUGUCAUUCAUCGCGACCUCAAACCGGCAAAUAUUUUGAUUCUCAAGGGAGUCAUGAAGAUCGCAGAUUUUGGUUUUGCAAGUUACAAUAAACCAUGGCUAUUACCAACGGAUGAGAGCCCAACCGGAAGCCUUAUACCUGAAGGGAUUAACCAUUAUUCUCCACCACCAAGCGAUAAAGCCUGCGAGAAGUAUGAUGUGUACUCUUUGGGGGCCAUAAUGUCGGAGAUCGCAUCUUUCGAUAUCGGGAACCAUUCCAGACUGGCAGGAUACAGACAAAGCAGGUUGGAUGAUGCGGGAGAGAAACACACCCCCUCGCGAAGGUUUUACUACCAGGAGGGGUAUGGGGUGAAAUUAUCCGUCCACGAGGAGCAUUCAAGUCUGGUUAAAACAAUACAGGAUGAGAGUAGAGAUCCACAGAGGCUUUUGCAUCCGUGGCGGGAAUUCUUCUACCACGAACGCUUUUUCCACAUGAUAAGUACCUUACUUCACCCAUCCAAAGUAGUCAGGCCAACGGCUGCGGAAGUAGUCGACAUGCUGAGCGAACAUUCAAAACGAGCCGACAUGGAUACUUCGCAGAACAAAAAUGAUAGGAACGAGCAUCAUUUAGUCAACGAUUGGCUAGAGUCAUUGGUGGAUAACCCUCCUGGAUUGGCAGAACUGGGAAACAGAUUGUAAGCCAUGCAAUCUCUAUAUAACCUUAUUCUGCAAAGACGAGAACUGAUUCGACUUGACAGCAUUGCUAGUUUUGAAGGAACCAAAAGAUGUGGGCUUUGGCUUUAUCCUAGCACGGACGAGAUCAAGAUGUUGCGUUUUCAAUAUUCUCUCGACAAAAGCGGUCCACAUCUUGUGAAAGACUCGGAAAGAUAUGGUAUGUUCCUAGCCUAGGAUUUGAUUGAUUUGUGCUCACGAUAAAAACAGUUGACCGCAAGCAAAAGAAACCUUACACAGGAAUCAAGCCAGCUUAUAUUGAGAAUCCAUAUGGCAACUCAGUGUGCUUAAUGAACCAAAAAGAGCCUUUGAUCUACGCUUUUCGUCGCCUAUCCGGUCAGUACCUUUUUACUCAUCCUUGCUAUUCAUCAUUUUCCUCUAACUAGAUAUAGACACUUUACGCUUUCAAGGUAUCAUGACUGGCGAAACUGUCUACAAGUAGUGGGUUACAAGCUCAUAAUAGUCCACUAAUUCGAUCCGCCUGACCACCUUUCUAGUAUGAGCUUUCAGCUUACUGAUUUCUCCCUGAGGAAGUAUCGCAAAUCGACUUCUUCAACCUCCAUACCGUUCCUUUCU